CAUCCUUCUUUCCUUUUCAGCAGAUCAUACCGGAAAGCGACUUACGUUCCCAGGUGAAUGAACGGUAGCAUUUCCGUCGGUAGUGGUUCGAAGCUAGUGAAGGGGUGAAAAAAUAAUCUCACAUUACCUAUUAACUGUUAACAAUGCCCACCUGGAACCAGAUGCAAUCGCAGCUGCGCCACCCCAACAACCCGGUCGUGUUCAUGGAUAUCACGGUCGGGACGUCGGAAAUUGGUCGGAUGGUGUUCGAGCUGUUUGCAGACGUCGUUCCGAAGACGUGUGAAAACUUCCGCCAAUUUUGCACCGGCGAGUACAAGAAGGACGGCGUUCCGGUUGGGUACAAGGGAUCCAGCUUUCACCGAGUGAUUAAGGAUUUCAUGAUCCAGGGUGGUGACUUUGUGAAUGGUGACGGAACAGGGGUGAUGAGCAUUUACGGUAACAACACAUUCCCGGACGAAGGUUUCCUGCUGAAACACGAAGCUCCCGGUUUGCUAUCGAUGGCUAACAGCGGGAAGGACACCAACGGUUGUCAGUUCUUUAUCACCUGUGCAAAGUGCAACUUUCUGGACUACAAGCACGUCGUGUUCGGUCGGGUGCUGGAUGGAUUAUUGAUUAUGCGAAAGAUAGAGAAUGUUCCCACCGGUCCCAACAACAAACCUAAACUGCCGGUGGUGAUCUCGCAGUGCGGACAGAUGUAGAAUACGCACGAACCCGUUUAGUUGUUUAGGAUUGCAAGAUAUAUUAUAAGGACACUUUGUUAAGAAACGAGGACACAAUCCAGCAGAGGUUUUAUCAUCAGCAUUGAGUAGGUGAAUAGAACACGACAGGCGAACAACAAUACACCAUCGGCAUGGAACUGUAA